ACUUCAGGCAUUGCCCGCAUAUAUUUUCGUCAACCGUUCAAAUCGCUGUCUGAUUGCUAAGAUAUCGACUGGGUCUUCGAUUUGACAUUCCAUUGGAAAAUGGCUAGCAACAUUACCUGGCACCCGUCUCUUUCUCGCCACGAGCGCGCGGAGCUUCGUGGACAGCGGGGUUUUACUAUAUGGUUCACCGGACUCUCUGCAUCUGGGAAAUCCACGAUCGCCACCGCUCUUGAACAGCAUCUCCUCCAUCUAGGUCUCGCCGCGUACCGGCUCGACGGUGAUAAUGUCCGAUUCGGCCUGAACAAAGACUUGGGAUUCUCUGAAGCUGAUCGUGUAGAGAACAUUCGGAGAAUUUCGGAGGUAGCCAAACUAUUCGCAGACUCGUCAACCAUCGCUCUGACUUCUUUCAUCUCUCCUUAUAUAGCUGAUCGUAAGGCUGCGCGGGACUUGCAUGCGGCCGCGAACCAACACACGGAGGACGAUCCAAUCCCUUUCAUUGAAGUUUUUGUUGAUGUGCCCCUAGAGGUCGCGGAGAAGCGAGAUCCCAAGGGGCUUUACAAGAAAGCUAGAGAGGGUGUGAUCAAGGAAUUUACUGGGAUCUCUGCUCCCUAUGAGGAGCCAAUUGACCCCGAGAUCAGAAUUCGCGCUGAUCAACUGACCAUAGAAGAGGCGGUUGUCCAGAUAAUGACAUAUCUGCAAGCUCAGGGCCUAGUGAAAGAGGUUUCUCGCGCCUAACAACAGUGCUUAUUCAAACCAUUACUUAAAUGAGAGAGCUACAAAUAGAAUUUGAGGUAUAUAGAGAUCUUAAAACAAAUAGAAUCGUU